AUCAAAGUCAAGUUUCAUUUGAUCACAAAAUGAUGCCUUUAAGUCCGAUUAACGAUAUGAAAUACAGUCAUCAUAACUUACAAAAGUUCGCGAGAUUUCAACAGCCUCCAGACGAGUUAGAAAUCAAAAACGGAAUGGUAAUAGCAAAAGAAGCAAUACCCAAAGGUACCCGAUACGGGCCUUUUCUCUGCAAAUGGACUGCAGACGUGCCUUUAAAUCCACAAUUCGCUUGGGAGUUAAUCGUCAAUGAAAACAACAACGUACGAGGAUGGCUCGAUGCCUCUGAAUUUCCUACAAACUGGAUGAAACACAUUCCUUGUGCGUCGAAGGAGGAAGCUAACAUCCAACAUUCAUUCCAUUUUGGACAUAUUUGGUAUGAAGUGACUCACGACAUCCAACCAAACGAAGAAUUGUUAUUACCUCCAAAAGUUCCUUUAUUUUUCCGUGAUAUGUAUGAUGGGUUCGAAGACCGAAGUGAUCGUGAAACAGGAUCCCAACACAGUGGUACAUUCGAAGACGACUUCAACACCUCCUUAGAAAACAGUCAACAAGGCGAAAACAGCAACGAAAAUCAUCACAACGCCGAUAACGAAGGCGCCGAAGAGGACGACGAGGAUGGAAUAGACUGUCGUUGCUUCUUAUGCGAUCGACAAUUUAGUGACAUUGACUCCCUUGACGAUCAUCUUGUGACGUCACAUCAGUAUCCGCGGGACAAGUAUCCGUGUGAAUUGUGUUCGCGCGCUUAUUCUUAUCGACCUUCUCUGAUUCGACAUCGGGCAGUUUCGCACGGCGAAGUUCGCAAAUAUCCCUGUGAAAAUUGUAAAAAGGUAGCUGAAUUUUCUGAUCCAUCGAACUUACAACGGCAUAUUCGGACUCAUCACGUUGGUGCUCGAAGUCACGCGUGUCCCGAAUGCGGUAAAACGUUCGCUACAUCGUCAGGAUUGAAGCAACAUACCCACAUUCAUUCGUCAGUCAAGCCCUUUCAGUGCGAAGUUUGCUACAAGGCAUACACCCAAUUCUCGAAUUUGUGUCGGCACAAGCGGAUGCACGUCAAUUGUCGCAUGCAAAUCAAGUGUGGCAAGUGCGGACAGAGUUUCAGUACCGUAACGUCUCUUUCGAAGCACAAGCGAUUUUGUGAUUCCACGGGCAACCUUCCGCCGCAUAAUAAUUCACGUGAACUCCCCCUGACAUCAUCUGGAAUUCAGUCGUCGGCUCAAGCAGCAGUUGCCGCCAUGAAUACGCCUCCAAACCCCUUUUUGAUGUUCGGUGCGCGAAGUCCCUUUUUCCCGCAUGGCUUUCCGCAUCAUUAUUCCAGUCUUCAAAGUAUGUUUUCGCAGCACAAUUCGAGUCAACCGCCCCAUUUUCCGCUACUUUUCGGCAAACCUCCCAUUGAUUUGCCCGAACAUCCGAGAGCGGAACACGAAAAAGAAGUCAAACAGCGACAAAGUAGCGACGUCACUUCGAGUAAUCAUCACGAAAAGAGCAAUUCGUUGAGUCCGUCGCCCGUUUUGAGUCAUUCGACGCACUCGUUGUUGCAGACAAACAACAAUAACAACAUCGCGAAUUACAAUUCGAAGGAAAGGAAAGAUCUGGCAGAUAUUGUGAGUGAACGGAAGAGACGAGUUAAUGCGAGAAAUAGUCUCGAGGAGCGAGAGGAAGUUCAAAAUAGUCGAAAAAGGCGAUCGUCGGAGAUUGAGGAUGAUGGCGAAAGUGUUGAAAAGAAAAAACCGAUGACCAAAGAAAGCAGCGAACAACCAUUAGACUUGAGUGUCACAAAGAAAAAAUCCUUCAGCGAAUCGUCAACAAACGACGACGAGAUCGAAGUCGAAGUCGUGCGUCGCGAAAAGCCCCAAACGACAACUGCUUCGUCGCCAUCUACGGAAUUGCCGACGCCCGAGCCUGCACGCAAACAAUGUACGCCCGUUCGCACGCAACAGGCAAGUCCCUCAUCAUCCAUUUCACCACGAAUCUCACCCACACCGUCAUCUUCUCCAGGACCGCAAAUGGUGUGUCCUCGCCCGAUUCAUCCGAUAAACCUGAUGGAUGCGCUCUACCGCCCGACGUUUCAACGACCUCUCAAUCCUUUUUUAGGGCAAUUCAACCGCGUUAACUUCGAGCUAUUCCGCAACGGGCCUUUUCCCACGAAACCCUUCACGGAGGCACUAAUGGCUGCCGGCAACAUCUCAAAUUCCGCCAUUGCAGCUGCCAUGGGCAAGAACAAGGAUCGUUAUUCGUGCAAAUUUUGCGGCAAAGUUUUUCCUCGAUCGGCGAAUCUCACGAGACAUUUGCGCACCCAUACGGGCGAACAACCUUACCGAUGCAAAUAUUGCGAACGCUCCUUCAGCAUCUCGAGCAACUUGCAACGACAUGUGAGGAACAUUCAUCACAAGGAACGCCCGUUCAAAUGCAAUUUAUGCGAACGCUGCUUCGGACAACAAACGAAUCUCGAUCGACACUUGAAGAAACACGAAGCUGAUGCCACGGGUUUGGGAAUCGGGCCGAGUGAUUCGCCAAGUAGCACGGAAGCAGAUCGCGCUGAUGACUCGUAUUUCGACGAUAUUCGAGCGUUCAUGGGAAAAGUCACGUAUUCGGAUGCCGCGCAUCAUUUGUAUGCCCCGCUUGCCGAUGCGCACAUGCCCGGUUCGAAUAACGAGACGGAAGUUGAGGAUGAGGACGACGACGAAAGUGACAUAAUUAACAUCGAGCUGAGUGACAAAGAGGCGCUGAACAACAAUGAAAGUAUCGAAGUUUCCAUUUAAUUGUUUGUGCUUGUUCCGUGACACAUCUCUACUUACUAUCUCUAAUCAUCGUACGUUAAGUAAAGUAAAUUUUAGAAACACAUGACAUCAAUCAUAUUCUAUAGGCAAAUAUUAACCAAAGUUAUCUAAUGUAAUUCGUAGCGAGUAAGAAUUAAAGAAAAUUGUAGCAUAAGCAAGGAAAUGUUUGAUUUUAU